CCGGUGCGCAGUUGCUCACGCUGUUCCCUAGUUGAGAGGCUGCAUCUAUAGCUGCAAGAAAGAUUGGGCGUUAGGCAGGUAUGAGUGAUUUCAGUGAAGAAUUGAUAAGGUCCAAGACAGAGGAUGACAAGGAGGAAUCAUGUGUAUUCUCUGGUACAGGAAUGUCUUUUCCUUGGCUCCAAAAGCAUAUAGGGACUGUGGAAACUGGAGGGAAAAAGGAGAAGGAUUUUGCUCAGACAACAAGUGCUUGUUUGGGUUUUAUCCAAGAAGCGCUGCUGAAGCACCAGUGGCAGCAAGCUGCCGACUACAUGCACAGUUACUUCCAGAUCUUGGAAGACUCGGACACCCAUAAGAGGCAGGCGGCGCCCGAGAUUAUUUGGAAGCUCGGAAGUGAAAUUCUAUUUUAUCAUCCCAAAAGCAGUGUGGAGACUUUCAAUACCUUUGCUGACAGGAUGAAAAAUAUUGGUGUGAUGAAUUACUUAAAGAUCUCCUUACAACAUGCAUUAUACCUUCUGCAUCAUGGAAUGCUUGAAGAUGCAAACAGAAAUCUCAGUCAUGCAGAGACAUGGCGAUAUGGUGAAAAGUCGUCUUCCCAGGAAGUGUUAAUCAACCUUAUUCAGGCCUAUAAAGGGCUUUUGCAGUAUUAUACUUGGUCUAAAAAAAAGAUGGAAUUGUCUACACUUGAUGAAGAUGAUUAUGCGUAUAACACAGCAUCCCAGAAUAUGUUCGACCACAGCUGGAAGACAUCUGUAAACCUUCGUGCAUUGAUUCAAACUCCCGGCAUUUGGGACCCUUUUGUGAAGAGUUACGUAGAGAUGCUGGAAUUCUAUGGGGAUCAAGAUGGAGCCCGAGAGGUACUCACCAAUUAUGCCUAUGAUGAAAAGUUCCCAUCAAACCCAAAUGCUCAUAUCUACUUAUACAACUUUCUAAAGAGAGAGAAGGCACCAAGAGAGAAACUGAUAAGUGUGCUUAAGAUUUUGUAUCAGAUUGUACCAUCUCAUAAACUGAUGUUAGAAUUCCAUAGGUUACUGAGGAAAUCAGAAAAAGAAGACCACCAUAAACUGGGGUUGGAGGUAUUAUUUGGAGUCUUAGAUUUUGCUGGAUGCACUAAGAAUAUAACCGCUUGGAAAUAUUUGGCAAAAUAUCUGAGACAGACUUUAAUGGGGAAUCACCUUGCCUGGGUUCAAGAAGAGUGGAACUCCAGGAAGAACUGGUGGCCAAGCUUUCACUUCAGCUCCUUUUGGGCAAAAAGCGAUUGGAAAGAGGAUAAGGCAUUGGCUUGUGAGAAAGCUUUGGUAGCUGGACUAUUGUUAGGAAAAGAACUUUGAUUCAUGUCUGAAAUAUUUAACCAGAGACCUGCUUAGCAUGGUAAGACUAGGAAAAGCAGGUAGAAGGAAUUUCUAUUGAGCACGAGGCACCUUUUUCAGAGCUGCUCGGUCACCACCCGGCUGCUCGCUAGGUGCUGGAAUGGCUAGAUAAGUUCUGACCUCUUCUGACCUGUGAGUUAUUUAUCCUAAUCCUUCACCUCCGAGUUUUCUUACGGAGAACUUUCUUAUUGUUACAGAUGCCUCUUGGGCUGUUUUACAAGCUAACAUUGAAAGGGAAGCUGUAGUGAUUUGCUUUUGGAGAAGGCGCAUUUAAUAUGUGAAUAUGCGUAUAGCACAUAUCACCUUAACUAGGACUUGGGAGGCCAGGUGGAAAGCUAGUGGAAGUAUGUGCUCCAAUUAUGACAGAUCAGAAACAUUUUCAUAUGCAGGAAGCAUACAUUUCAUCAGCGACAGCUCUUAGAAUGUGCUCAGACUGGAUACAUCAUACAAAUCCCCCCAUUUUCAUAAUCAUUAGUAUGCCAGAGCUGAAGCAAAAUUUUAAAAAUGUAGAAAUAUGC